GUGGCUGAGUCGCUGUGGGUUGCUCGCUUGCUACGUUUAUGUGCUGCUUCGUUGGGAUGCAAUAAUAAUAAUAACAACAUUAACACUAAUCUAAGUGUCGGUGACGGAACCGAACGCCCCCCUGGGACGCUGACCACCGAGCAAGAUUGAACGAUCCACCUGGACGUGAGUCACCAUGACCGAACACCAGAGGCAGCGCUCGCUCUCCACAUCGGGGGAGACCCUCUACCACGUGCUGGGAGUCGAAAAGAACGCCACGCCAGACGACAUCAAGAAGUCCUACAGAAAACUAGCACUUAAGUACCAUCCCGACAAGAACCCAGACAACCCCGAAGCGGCAGACAAGUUCAAGGAGAUCAACAACGCACAUGCGAUACUAGUGGACGGCACCAAACGCAACAUUUACGACAAAUAUGGCUCCCUGGGGCUCUACGUGGCCGAGCAGUUUGGGGAGGAAAACGUCAACACCUACUUUGUCCUGUCAAGCUGGUGGGCCAAGGCUCUGUUCAUCUUCUGCGGCCUGGCGACGGGCUGCUACUUCUGCUGCUGCCUGUGCUGCUGCUGCAACUGCUGCUGCGGGAAAUGCAAACCGCGGCCCCCUCCGGACAGGGAGCCAGAAUUCUACAUGUCUCCCGAGGACCUGGAGGCCCAACUGCAGUCUGACGAGAGAGAGGGUGGGGAUCCCAUCGUGAUGCAGCCGUCCUCGGCCACAGAGACGACCCAGCUGACGACAGACAGCCACACCAGCUACAGGACGGACACGGGCUUCAACUAGAGCACCCCCCCCCCCCCCCCCC